AUGAAUAGUGCUAGUGUCAUACAGAUCAUCGAGUAUGGGCGGAGAUAUAUCUUACAAGCCUGGUCACCAACUGACGUUUCUGAAAACAUUGCGAAGAUUCUGAUCGACACCCUCGCCACUGCCUCGCCCGAUGAAAAGGCGGUCCUGAUAUGUCGCUUCGUCAAAUCAAAGCAGGACGAGCUAUCAAACAUCAUAAUCGGAGUAGUCUAUCCCUUUGAAAGAUUUUCCUGCAUUAGCGCCCUCGUUGCAUCUCUCUCAGCUGGCCUGCUCUCGUGGAACUGGUUUCCUGUCCCGCCUUACACUGCAAAAGUCUGCAUUCUUUGCUCGCUUCUCCAUUCCCUGAUCGGGGUCGGAGUUGCAACGCAGCAAAUGCUUGCCCUAAGCCGGGCGGAAAUACACCCACUGUUUGUCGAUAUCAUUCAACGCGGAGUUUUUGGAUCACCAGUCUCGACAUCCUCGUCAGGGGCUCCAGCUGGGACUUUCUGGAGGUCCUUCGUGUGGCAGGUCCCCAUCAUGUUAUUAGGCAAUAGCAUCAUGUUCGUUAUUGUAGCACUCUGCAUCGCAGUAUAUGCAGAAGCGGCGCGAGCAAGAGUCUGGGGCGCCGAGACUAUCACAGCAAUGUCCUUUACCAUUUCUUUCUGUUUCGGUACUUUUUGUUACUUAGUAUCCUGGUAUCAAGUCGAGUCCGAAAUGCAGGCCGCUCUACAGGCCGAUGAGCAUCUUGUCCAGUCGGUGGUUGAUGAUCAGGAUGAUGAGCCUGAAUCCCACGAUGCCUCGGUUUGA